GAGCCCCGCUUCAGAGCUCUGCUUCCUUCUCUCUCUCUCUACCUUCCUCUCUCUCUCUCUACCUUCCUCUCUCUCUAUCCUCUCAAGCGGCCAUUGGAGGUCUCGAAGAACCAUUUGAAGCUUCACUUCCAAUCUUAAGAGUUGUGUGAGAAGAUUUGGAUUUUGACUCUCUGUUAAGGUGAAUACAAGAUCUUGAAAAAAAAAAUGGAAACAGAAGACGAUAUGUGCCAGAACAAUUGGGGAAGCUUAUCAUCUUCUUCAAAGUUGGAAGAUGGAAACCAAGCCUUCGCAGGUUUCACAUCACAGCAAAAGUGGGAAGAUGCUGAAAUCUUGGAUUACGAGAUGGGUAUCGAGAAAAAUUUGCAAGCUUUCGACCAGAUGAAACCUUCUUCAGGACAAGACAACGACAACAACAACAAGAACAACAACAGUACUCAAGCUAAUGUUGAUUUCUUGCAAGGUGUCAAGGCUCAAGCUUGGGAUCCAAGAACGAUGCUGAGCAACUUAUCCUUUAUGGAACAGAAGAUUCACGAGCUGCAGGAUCUUGUUCAUCUGAUCGUUGGUCGGAACGGGCUCGUGGCUCAGCAGCAGCAGCAACUCAUCACGACGGAUCUUACUUCCAUAAUCAUACAACUGAUUUCCACCGCAGGUAGUCUUCUUCCAUCUGUUAAGCAUAAUAUGUCGUCAACGGCGCCGGGUCCAUACACCGGUUCGGCCGUGUUCCCUUGUCCAAGGGAGGCUAAUAACGUUGCUUCACAGAGCCAAAACAGUAACCACCAACGUGGCGCAACACAAGAUUUCGAUUUGCCUAAGCCGAUUGUUGUUGAUGAGAGAGAUAGCCAUGUUGUAGAAGAACAUGAGAUGAAAGACGAGGACGACGCAGAGGAAGGUGUAGAGAACCUUCCUCCUGGCUCGUAUGAGAUAUUGCAGCUCGAGAAAGAGGAGAUUCUCGCGCCGCAUACACACUUCUGCACGAUAUGUGGCAAGGGUUUCAAGAGAGACGCGAAUCUGAGGAUGCACAUGAGAGGGCACGGAGAUGAGUACAAAACACCUGCUGCUCUGGCUAAACCGAACAAAGAAGCUGUGCCAGGGACUGAACCGAUGCUGAUCAAAAGGUACUCGUGCCCAUUCCCUGGUUGCAAACGUAACAAGGAUCACAAAAAGUUCCAGGCUUUGAAGACGAUACUGUGCGUCAAGAACCAUUAUAAACGCACACACUGCGACAAGAGCUUCACUUGCAGCCGUUGCCAUACCAAGAAAUUCUCUGUCAUCGCGGAUCUGAAAACCCACGAGAAGCACUGCGGGAAAAACAAGUGGCUAUGUUCUUGUGGCACAACGUUCUCGAGGAAAGACAAGCUGUUUGGUCACAUUGCUCUGUUCCAGGGACACACACCUGCGAUCCCUCUUGAAGAGACGAAACCAUCUGCUCAGAGAGGGAGCUCUGAAGGUGAGAACAACAACACGGGAAUGGUGGGUUUCAAUCUUGGUUCUGCGACUAACGCUGAUCAAGAAACCGAGCAGCCUGGAUUCAUGGAAGAGAAGAUAAGUUUUGAGGAGUCUUUCUCGCCGUUGAGCUUCGAUACGUGUAAUUUCGGAGGGUUCCAUGAGUUCCCACGACCGAUGUUUGAUGAUUCAGAGAGUUCAUUUCAAAUGCUUAUUUCGAGUGCGUGUGGUUUCUCGCCAAGGAAUGGUGGUGGUGGCUCUGUUUCAAAUACUAUUCUCUAAGGCCUUUGCCAUUAUAAGUUAUGUUCUAGUUUUUUAGCCUUUAGGCAGCUACCUUUGUGUCUGUAAUUUGAUGUCGCCAGAAUAAUUAUCAGGAAAAGCAAAAAAGUGGAUUACCUUUUUCUUAAAAUCUGUUUGCUAAUAUAAGAAAGUUAGAUUA